UUGUUCUGCAUCGUUGUGCUUCCACCACUCCAACGAUAACAAUCACAGUGGAUAAGCAUCAGAUCUAGGAUUAUAUCAUCAAAGUAGAUAUUAUGGGUAGGCCUUCUGAGUCAGGCUCAUCAGAGAAGAAAUCAAGCGAUGGCAUGAAUGAUUUACUGACUUUUAAUGCUGAAAAUAUUCAAAACAACAUGAAAAUUAUAUAUUACAGCCGAACAUUUUUGUCUAUAAUUGGUGGAGUUGUUGCUGGAAUUUUGGGGUUCACAAGCUUGAAAGGGUUUGUCUUUUACUUCUUUCUCAUGGCACUUACUUCACUUGGGAUUAUAGCCAAAGCCAGAUUUUCGAUCCACUCAUACUUUGACUCCUGGAAUAGAGUAUUACUGGAUGGCUUCCUAGGUGGUCUAAUGUCAUUCGUGCUGUUUUGGACAUUUGCGUACGACAUUGUUCAUAUAUUUUGA